AUGCGGGUGCUGUUCUGCUUCGUUGCGUUAUUGGCCGCCGUGGCGGCGGUGGAUGUUCGGCAAAGAGCCCACAUGGCCAAGGCCGUGCUCGAGCCGACACAGCUUCACCCAGCCGUCCGAGCUUUUACCACCGGUUCGAAUUUCGUGUUUGCCGUCACGAACUCGCAUAUUACAAAUUCCGACACAUCCUACACCGAGAACAUCACUAUUAUCGUGACCAAUUACGACUCGAGCAACGCCGCCUCGGUGACCGUCUCGACCCCAUCGGGCAUCUUCUCCACCCAGACGUUCAGUGUGCAACCCUUGCAAAAUUAUCAGCUCACCCUGCCCCCGGAGAUCCAAACCGACUACCGAGAUUUCCACGUCAACUAUGGGUACACCACAAAUCAGAGUAUCUCGUUGACGGCUAGCACUACGGUGACUGUCGUCGUCAGCAACGCGCAUUCUGAUGGCCUAUCGCAGGACAUGUACGUCGUCUACCCAACCUGCAUGCUCGGAACCCGCUACCGUACUGUUGGUGAUGAGACGUUCUUGAACGGCGCCAGGUCGACGAACAUCUGGUCGAUUGUCGGUACCCAGGACGGCACUGUGAUCACGAUCGACCCGCCGGUCACCAGCCCUCCUACCAUCAGCAUCAACAAGGGUCAAGUUUUCACCCUAGCCGCUGAUAUUUUCCCGCUCACAAACUAUGACUUGAGCACGAACUAUCCUGUUGCCGUCAUCACCGGCGCUGUCUGCGGCUUCGGCUACUUUAACCCGGCCAUCUGCAACUACGAGGCCGAGAUGAUGUUCCCCCUUCGCGACUCGGGCACCCAGUUCCCCUACAGCCAGUUCAUCUCCGAGGACGCCGGCGAGAUCAUGGUGUUCGCGCAUGCCGAUGGGACCACAAUUUCCAUCAACGGCGUUCCGUUCGACACUAUUGACGAUGGAUGGUACUACAUCUUCCAGCGCAAGGGCUCCUUCCUGUUCUCCACUAGCAAGCCGGCGUACGCGGUGGCGGUUUCUUCGAUCCGGAAAGACGGCAAGGGAUCUCCGUUCUUGGCCCACAUUCCGGCCAUAGACCAGUUCACUAACCAGACAUAUCUGCAGGUCUCCACCGGACUCGCCGGACGCACGGGAGCUGAACACUACAUCCGGUUGCAAACUGACUUGUCGAAUACCGGAAAGCUCUCCGUUGACGACUGGCCGGUGAAUCCACUCUUCUUCCAACGUCAAGGCAAAUCCAACACGUACAUAGCCGAGUGGGCGAUCACCCCUGGGACUCACACCGUAAAAUCGUCUGAUCCGAAAGCCACGUACGCUGCUACUGUGUACGGAUUUGCGCACUUCACCGCAUAUGCCUACACGCCCGGCAUCGAUCUUCCGACGAACGGCACCUGC